GUGGACGUGGCACUUACCGCACCACUUCCUGUUUGUAAGAUGGCUAAUGAACGGUAGCCAGCUGGUUUGUAAGUUGCAACGCCUCCGAAACUGAGGUGGCAAAUAGCCUGAUCGCCGUCCUUUGCGGAGGAUAGCAAUCAGUCAGCGGCGUAGGAGCAGGCGGCGGGCUUGCCCAGGCGGGGAGGGGAAUGUACUUGGAUACAAUAUUGGUGACAUUUUUAGCGGCGCUGGAGGUGCUUCGCAAUGUUGCGGCGGGCAAAGCGGCAUCGUCUUCUUUUACUGAUGAAAUCCCGUUCAAAAUCAAUUGGCCUGGAGCCGAUUUCGCACUGCCAACCUCGGGCGCACUGUACAAAGACGACGACUUUCUUAUUAUGACUACACCUGACAAGGAGCGGUAUAAAUGUCUGCUGCCUUCAUUAUCCGAUGCCGAUGAGAAUGAGGAAAAGGAGUACAAUGGACCCAGCCCGUCGGAUCUGAUAGAACCACUGUUCAAACAGAGCAGUUGUUCCUACAGGAUUGAGUCUUACUGGACAUAUGAGGUCUGCCACGGGAAGCAUGUGAGGCAGUACCACGAGGAAAAAGAGAUGGGCCAGAAGAUCAAUAUCCAGGAAUAUUACCUUGGAGUGAUCAAGAAGAGUGAGGCAUCCACAGCUGGAACUGAAACUGAAACGGAGGCUGAUUCUGAGAACUCAGAGAGCAAAAAGGAGGUGCCCACCAAGAACUUGGAGGGUCAGCUGACCCCCUACUACCCUGUGGAGAUGGGCAACGGAACGCCCUGCGUGCUGAAGCAGAACGAGCCUCGCUCCACCUCCGUGCUGUACGUCUGCCACCCGGAGGCGAAGCACGAGAUCCUUUCCAUCGCGGAGGUGAUCACAUGCGAGUAUGAGGUGGUCGUGCUCACCCCACUGCUCUGUGGGCACCCCCAGUACAGGUUCAAGACCUCCCCGGUGAACGCCAUCUUUUGCCAGGCUCUGUCCAACUCUCCUCUGCGACCCCAACGCCUCUCCAAGUUUGACAGGGAGCAGGAGGAGCUGGUGAAACCCCCUUUUAGUGCUCCUCCGGAGAGGGAGGAAGAGAUGUCCCCUGUGAGGGAAGAUCUCUUUUCCACCACUCACAAGCCACUUGCAGUGGGUGGCCAGACACAGGUCGCUGUGGGAACCACCCACAUCUCUCGCCUGACAGAUGAACAGCUAAUCAAGGAAUUCUUGAGCGGCUCAUAUUGUCUGCAUGGGGGAGUGGGUUGGUGGAAAUAUGAGUUCUGUUACGGGAAACAUGUUCAUCAGUACCAUGAGGACAAGGAGCAGGGCAAGAACAUUGUGGUUGUGGGCAGCUGGACCCUGGAGGCCCACCUGGAGUGGGCCCAGAAGAACGUCGCUCGCUCCUACGCGCUGAAAGAGGACGGGGUCCAGAAAGUCAAGUUGGUAUCGCAUUUUUACGGCCAGGGGGACAUGUGUGACUUGACUGGAAAGCCGAGACAGGUCAUCGUCAAGCUUAAGUGCAAAGAGUCGGAAUCCCCCCACGCUGUAACUGUUUACAUGCUGGAGCCUCAGACCUGCCAGUACAUCCUGGGGGUUGAGUCUCCAGUCAUCUGUAAGAUCUUGGACACGGCAGAUGAGAACGGCCUUCUGUCCAUUCCCAGCUAACUGGAGGGAGGAGGGAGGAAAAUAAGCAGGAAAGGGGAAGAGGAGAAUGUGGACCGGAGGGGGGGGGGGUGAGGGUGUUUUUCAGCUGUAGUUGUCAGAAGGUGGCCUCCCAUGCAGCUCUGUGGGAAGGGGGCACAAAUGAGUCACCUUCCCGGCCACCUGUCCCGAGAGCCCCGCCCUUUGUGCUAAGCCCCGCCCACCACACUGCCUCUCCCCCUGGAGAAACAGCGCAAGUCCAGGCUGUGGAAAUGAACGCUGUAGCAGGGAAACAAACAGCCCAGCUCUGCCUUUAGGAUUCAGAUUGAAGUGUUUUGAUUUUUCCUCAAGUGCUGGAAACGGCAAAGGAAAUUAUUGAAAGUUAUGUUUUUAGAAGACUAGAAAUGGUGUCGUUCUGCUGCCACUUAACUGGAGUCAUUCAGACAGGAAUCAAGGAAGACAACUUUUUUGCGCCAUAUUUUGUAUUUUUUUAAAUUCUGUAUUUAUUUUUGGUAAGCUGGGCUGGUUAAAUGCUUAUCUGAGCACUUGAGUCUGCUGCUGAUGAUUUUUUCCCCUGGCUUCAGAAGAUGAAGACUUGGAAAUGAAUUAACCUUCAGACUAAAGAAAAUGAAAUAUUUUAAUGUUCAAAGCUAGAGAAACGGAUUAAUGUCGCGCAUCCCCAAAAUGAAACUGAAUAAAACCCAUUGGAAAAAUGUU